AUGUUACGCUUCAACGAGUGCAAGGCGGAAGACCGCGUCUUGCCGAAGCCAACCGAGGCCCCGGAAUACAAUGCCGACUACACGACCACCAUGAUGUCGGGAGGACUGCUCGCGUCGCUGAUAUUAAAGGUGCCGUCCGCCUUCUUCCUCACGGGCGCCGUCUUCAUAUCGCGUUGCUUCGCUGCCGACGCGCCAAUCGAGUGGUCCAAAGCGAUAGUCCCGCUUUCCGGCAUGAUGCCGUCGCUAUUCCGGCUCACCACCGACGUGGUCCAGUGUCUCUGGAAUGGCACGCCACUAUGA